AUGGUGGAUCCAAGCAAUGUUCCUCAAAAGGGAGCUCACAAGGACGGGUGCCGUCAAGUGAAACAUAAGCGCGAAAAGUCCAAGAAGGCAACUGGCGCGCCACUCACCGCGUCAGGCGUCCUAGCAAACCAGGCUCCUGGGGCUCAGAAGAUAAUUCAGGAGAGCCAAUUGAUUACAGAAAGUGUAAAGUCUGCUCCGAAAGAAGGUUCUGAAACUGCUGUAAAGCCGAAGAAAAACAAGCCACGUCCGAGCAAAUCUGCGCGUGCAAGAAUACAAGCAGCGAAAGCUUCGCUAACGACAGAAUCGCCUCCUUCGUCUACAGGAAUUGUGAAACCAGCUCCUGAUGUCAAAGAGCCCCGACUAACCACAGUACCUGUGUCGGCAUCGUCUUCUGGAGUACCACUAGCCAAGAAUACGCACUCCAAGGUGACGCCACCAAACCCAAACCCAAACCCAGCAAAAGUUUCUGAAUCCACACCGGAUUCAACUCAUAAGUCAGCCUCGAAACGGGGACCAUCAAAAACAAAACCAUCAACAUGGAAGAUAGCAUGGAUGAUUAAAGAGACCACUGGGAGGCCUAUCCUCACCAUCGACACAACAUCAUUGCAACCCGACAACAACCACAUCCACUCCACAGAGGGCUUCAAAACUCUCUGCAGCUAUAACUGGCAAAACGACGGCACCAUCUACGUCCCCGGCGGGCCUCCAAAAUGGACACCUCCCCCAUUACCAACCACCUUAGCACAGGACGCUGGACACCACUUCAUCGACCAAAACGCCGCCCGCGUCCCUAAAUACCCCUUCGAACCCGCCUUCCGCGCCCUCUCCCUCAUGAAUCCUGAGACAAGCCUAACCGCCGUCGACAUUCUCGCCAAUCGCAAUUCUCUCCGCAAACUCCUCGAUCUAUCCGCAGGCAAGAAACUCGACCCCUUCUGCAUGGGCCUAAACCUCAUCAACAACACUCUCGUUAUAAGCCGCAAAGAGCGUACCGCUCAGCACAUGGUCCACGGUGCCCCGAACUCCGGUUACGGACAUAACUUCGAAAGAGCAUUUACCACGCCCGACAAAGAUCUGGGAAAUUCGAGUAGUCAUCAUAGAGUGAUUCGGUAUCGGAUUGGGCCGCUGGACUGCGUUGUGAGGUUUGAAGUCGAUGCCUACUACGACGACACGGAGCACGAUACAGCUGAUGCGCUCACAGCCGCAAUGGAGAAACUCAAUGUAGCAGAGCACGCAUCUUCAGCAACCCCCAUGCAACCACCAGGUGCACCUACAAUCGCAAUCGAAAGAGGCACUUUCAUCUCACCCUCCCUCCUUGCAGAAAUCAAAGCCAAGAAAUUGAAUCGCGUGGCCGACGCCAUGCCGCAGCUAUGGUUCGGUCGCACGCCGUGUUUUAUCAAUGGGAAUCAUGAGAAGGGGACUGUGCACUCGGUUAGUGUUACACGGGCGGAAGAGCAGUUUGGGAAAUGGGAGGCGGCGAAUCAGGAGAAGUUGAGGAAGAUGGUGGGGUUGCUGGUGGAUAUUAAACGGACGGUGAGGGGGAUCAGAGGUGGGGCAGGAUUGCUGGUGUACGAUGUCAAGGGGGGCCCGUUGAAGGUGUUUCGGGCGAGGAGUGAGGAGGGGAUUUUGCCGAAGGAUAUUGUUGAGAAAUAUUGGGGUGUGUGA